CACACAAAUAUAGUAAACAAAGCUCAUCUUCUCUGUGUCUUCUUCUUCUUCGUAUAAUUCGAUUCGAUCUUCGACGAGAGAACCCUAGCGCAAACUCUUAUAGAUUCCUCAGCGAGAAGAAAAUCUGUAAACUCCGAGCUUGAGUUCCCCAAGAUCUUUGGUGUUUUUGAUUCAACAGUGUUUAUCUACUUGCUUGAGAUUUUGGGGGCUAAAGUCUACACAGUUCAGUAUCGAUGUGCUCCACUAGGAUGAUGAUCCCUAAUCAUUAGACUUUUCAAAAGUUGAUGCUCAUGUUCUCACCUCUGUCUAUGGCUUUUACUGUCAUCCUUCAAAAGCUUAGUGUCUUUGGCCCUGGUCUGAAUCCCUCUUUCCCUUACUGCAUCGCCAAUUACUCCCGUUAGUUACCAUAACUCUGCCUCCUUCAGUGGUCCCUGCUUCUUGAUAUUCUUGAGUGAGAUUUACACCAAACCAGAUCAUGUAAAUCUGGUGCUCUCUCAUAGCAUAAAGUGUAUUCCUUCUGACUGAGUUCUUCUUUGAUUAUCACCUACCUGAGUCUCCUAGUUCUACUGCACCAAACACCUGCAUCUUAAUUUCAAAAGCUAGCUCUACUUUGCCUGAAAGCUUAGACGCAACAAUGCUCCAAGAAGAGGCGGUUGGAUUCUCUCUCCGGCGCAACUCCUUUAGGCGCCGAUCCCCAAGAUCAAACGUUGACGACAGGGGAUGGACUCCGCUCCACAUCAAAGCCAGGAAAGGCGAUCUGAAGUCCGUCAAACAGCUGCUCGACCAAGGGUUUGACGUGAACGCUCUGGCUUGGGGACCCAAAUCGAAAGGAGUCACUCCGCUUCACCUUGCUGCCGAGGGAGGUCACAUCGAAGUCAUGGAUCUGCUCCUCGAGCGCGGGGCCAACAUCGAUGCCAGGACGUGGGGCUCAUGCGGGUGGACACCUCUCCACGCCGCGGCCAAAGAGAGGAAGAGAGAAGCGGUGAAGUUUCUGGUGGAGAACGGCGCGUUUCUGCCUGAUGACAUAAGUGAUACGAGAUUCAAUCCGCCGGUGCAUUACUGUCACGGGCUGGAGUGGGCGUACGAGGAGAUGAAGAGGCUUAACAGCGAGUCUUCUUCUUCUUCGUCUGGUGGAGACACGUCUUGCAGUUCAGAGAACUGAUCUUUGUUGCUGUCUUUUUGGUCUACUUUUCUGAAAGUCUUGCCGUUGAGAAAAAUUUGUCAGAAACUCUAAAGAAUGUUAUGGUUUGUGUUUGGUUUUGUAUCUUCUACUAUAUGUUAAAACUGGUAUAAUAAAUCUUGUGUAUCUCAACUUCUGUUUGAGAACGAA